AGCUACCUACAGCUAGAGUAAAGUGCUUGUAAGGACGUGCUUGCCGCAGACUUCACUGGAUUCCCCAGAUCUAAAGGUGUUCUUGGUUUCAACUGUAAUAAUGUCUGAGCCAGAGAAGAACAAAAUUGAAGAAACGUUACCUGGUGAAAAAGAUACCCAUGGCCUAUCACUCACUUUGUCAAAGAAAAGUUUUAGAAAUAUGACUGUUCAUGGACAAAAUGUUGAUUCAGAUGAAGAAGAAAUGACUUUAAAAAAAGAAGAUACUGAGUCUGAGGAUGCUGUAGGUAAUGGUCAGGAAAUACAGCAAGAGACACUGGAUAAAAGUGUGGAUGAUAAAAUCAUUGAUGGCAAUACAAAGGAGCCUGUUCCAAAUGAACUCAGUCAUGUUGGUGAUGUGCUGGGCAAUAAUACCAAUAUAACUGAUAAUUUGAGGAGCAAAGAUGUUAAACAAAGGCUCAGAUGUUUGGUCUGUGGCCCACACAAAGACACUUCUAAGGCUGAAUAUGUAAAGUUGUCAACUUGUCCAGAUAUUGAGAGAGAAAUCCAUGAGCUUUUGAAAAUACUUUCUCCUCCUGCAGAAUCUGAUGUUUGUUGUGGCAGAUGUUUGGAUUUAAUGAAAACCUUUGUUAACUUAAAGAAUGAUUUUCAACAAAUGAAACAAAAAAUAACAGCUCUACAUAUUAAUGGACAGUUAGAAAUACAAAACAGUCAAAAGUGUGAGGGAUCGGACACUGAUGAUCAUGACAGCAGUGAUGGUGGCAAUCAAACAUAUUAUCCCAGCAGCCAAGAACAACACAGUGAAAUGGUCAUUAAGCAGGAAAUAAUUGAUAUUGGGUUUGAUGAGGAAAAUAAUCCUACUGAAGAAAAGAGCAACCUUGAAAAGGACACUUCAAACAAUGCAGACAUAAAGACUACACAUUCAAAAAGAAAAAUAUACAAUUGUUGCCAUUGUAAUGCAACAUUCAGUCAGGCAAGUGCUCAUGCUACACAUGAAAGAUCUCACACUGGGGAAACCAUUUUCAAAUGUGAAUAUUGUGAAGAGUCCUUUAACAGAGCCGGACACCUGAGAGAGCAUGGAAAAGUUCAUGAGUUGAAAUGUUCUUAUUGUGGUAAAUCUUGUUGGGGGCCUAGAGCUUUAGGCAGGCACGAAGAAACCCACACUGCAAAACUGAAGAAACCGACGAAAAUUGAAAAAUUUAAGUGUUCAUACUGUGAUAAAAUUCUUACUAAAAAGCAUGCACUUGUAAUGCAUGAAAGAAUACACACUGAUGACAGACUGAAAUGUAAACAUUGUGAAAAAUCUUUUAUGAGGAAGGAAGAUUUAAUGGAGCAUGAAAAAAUUCACGAAUUGAAAUGUUCUUACUGUGGUAAAUCUUGUUGGGGAACUAGAGCACUUGUCAAACACAAGAGACUACACAUAGGCCAAGGUCACGAAAGCAAAACAAAAACAUACAAGUGCUCACAUUGUGACAAGACAUCUAGCAAGAAAGGUGCAAUUGUUAUGCAUGAAAUGAUCCACACUGGUAAUCGACUCAAAUGUAAACAAUGUGAAAAAAUUUUUACAAAAAAGGAUGAUCUAUGGGAGCAUGAAAAAAUUCAUGAACUGAAAUGUUCUUACUGUAGUAAAUCUUGUUGGGGAACCAGGGCUCUUAUCAAACAUGAGAGUCUUCACAGUGGUGAAAAGCCACAAAAGAAUAUGAAUGAAUACAAAUGUUCAUAUUGUGAUGAAAGUUUCAAUUGGAGAAAUCAGUUAGAUGCUCAUGAAACUAUUCAUUUUGUUGAAGGAUUCAAAUGUAAACAUUGUGGACAGUCUUUUACCAUGAAAGAAGAUUUUAUUGAACAUGACAAAUCACAUGAAUUUAAAUGUUCUCAUUGUGGAAAAUCUUGUUGGGGAAUGGAAGCUCUAAAGAAGCAUGAGAAGUAUCAUACUGUGGAAAAACGAUUCAAAUGCGACAUCUGUGAUAAGUCAUUUCAAUUUAUCAAAUCAUUGCAAAACCAUCAAAAUACUCACACUGGAGAAAAACCUUAUUUGUGCAAGUACUGUACCAAAGGCUUUGCUAAUGGUUCAACUUUGAUAUCACAUGUGAUGACCCAACACACUGGAGAUAGACGACACAAAUGCCAGUUCUGUGAUCGCCGAUUUGGAGCCAGAAUACCUUGUGAAGAACAUGAACGCUCACAUACAGGGGAGAAACCAUUUAAGUGCGAUCACUGUGGCAAAAGAUUUGCUCGAAGUUCAUGUUGGAGAGAUCAUUUGAAGAUUCAUCUUGGAAUUAAAUCUCAUAUUUGUUCCUACUGUGGAAUGGGAUUUUUUGACAAAACUCACCUUAUUAGACAUGAAAGAACCCACACUGGUGAAAAACCAUAUAAGUGCAAGCACUGUGAUAAAACAUUCAAUAGAAAAAGUAACUGUAACACACACGAAAAAAGUCACAUAGGGAAGAAAACAGUAAAACAUCGGUUAUCUGAAAAUAAAUUUAAAAGUUCAUCUGAAAGAAGCAUGCAUGCUGAAGACAGUGUUAACAGUGAGAACUCUGAUGGUUUGGAAAUGAGUCAGCAGUUGGACAGUUCAUUCAUCAGUCCACAGUUUAACAGCACAUAUAAACCCCAACACAGUGAGAGUACAUUCAGACCUCAGCACACUGACAGUACAUUCAGACCUCAGCACACUGACAGUACAUUAAGAUCUCAGCACAUGGAAACCUCAUUUAGGGGUCCACACUCCAGUAAUGUGUUCCCUACUCCAGAGGCUGUUUAUCAUGGAGACAACCCAAAUCCUUAUAUGUACAUGCCAGGGAUGUGAUGUAUCUUUGCAUGAAUUACAUUGUUUACUGUUACACAGUGAUAUACGUAUAAAUUAAGGUCACAACCAAGCAAAAGUUGAAAUGGAGUACGGUAGUCAAACUGACACUGGUGAAAUAACAGUUGCAUAUAAAUAAAAUACUGUUGGCAAAUUUUUACGGUUGUACUGAAGUAACAUAUGUCAGUCUGACUGCUCAUAUAGACCCUAGUACAGUGGGAGCACAUUCAGACCUUGGCAUGGUGACAGUACAUGUACCGGUAUUUAGAUCUCAGCACAUGGAGGCCUCAUUUAGGAGUUCUCAUUCCAUUAACUUAAUGUACUCUAGAGGCUGUUUAACUUGGAGAUUAUCCUUAUCUACACAAUCAUAUAUAUGCUGUAUUGCACAAUUUAGGGACGUCCAUAGAUAAUAGGUGUGUGGGAAUCUGAAAGUGGUCUGUGGGAAUGUGUGUGUGAGCAAGUGAAGUAUUUAAUUAUUUCUUUUUAACCUGUAGCUUUUGAAGUUUAACAAUUAAAAAAGAAAAAUAUGAGCAAAUUAAGUAGUAUUUUUUCUUGAUAUCAGGGAGAUUAAUAGAUGCAGUGGAAAAAACUGUUGUGAAAAAAAGGU